AUGGACGACAAGGAGGAUCUGUACAGGAUGUUGGGCUUGCAGGACCUUCGCUGGAGAGCUUCACAGCAGGACAUCAAGAAGGCUUACCGCCAAUGCGUGCUCAAGUAUCACCCCGACAAGCUGAACCAGCAGGAGGCGAGCAAGGAGAGCGGGGAUCAGAGCUUGGAGGAGGCGCUCUCCAACGCCAUGGCUGUCCUGUCUGAUCCGCAAAAGCGAAGGGCGUACGACUCCAAGGACAUGCAGGCCGACAUUGACGACAGCGUCCCUGCCGACAAGAAGCCCAAGGACGAUGAAGACUUCUUCAAGACGUGGGGCCCUGUGCUCGAUCGCAAUGCUCGCUGGUCGCUGAAGCCGCUGCCCUCCCUGGGAGACGCCAAGACCCCGAUAGAGACGGUGCUGGAGGUGUACGAGGCUUGGUUCAACUUCGAGUCCUGGCGGGACUUCACUAACGACAUCGAGGAGGCGUUCGACUUGGACGAGGCAUCUUGCCGAGAGGAGCGGAGGUGGAUGGAGAGGCAGAACAAGAAGCAGGCGGAGAAGCUGAAGAAGGACGAGACGCGACGGAUCAACAUGAUCAUCGAGACCUGUCACAAGUGGGACCCCAGGAUUCAGAAGUACAAGGAGGACCUCAAGAAUGCCAAGAAGGCGUCGAAGCAGGCCAAGUAUGCUGAUCAGAGGAAGGCUGAGGAGGAGGCAAAGAAGCGAGCGGAGGAGGAGGCAGCUGCCAAGAAGAAGGCGGAGGAGGAGGAGGCUGAGAGGAGGAAGAUAGAGAAAGAGGCCAAGGACGCGGCUAAGAAAUCCCUCAAAAGGGCUCGAAAGGCUUUGAGAGAUGCGGCUGAAACCGCCGGGCUGGAUGGGAUCGCGUCCGUGAAAGUUCAGGAAGCUUGCGAGGCCUCAGACAAGGAGGAGGCCGGGGACAGCCUCCUUGCUCAGCUGAAGCAGAAGAAGGAAGGGAGCAAGGAAAGGAAGUGGUCGAGGGAGGAGAUGGACUUGCUGCACAAGGCGCUCAUUCGCUAUCCUGCUGGCACGUCGGAGAGGUGGACCAAGAUCGCGCAGAGCAUCGGGACUAGAUCCGACGCGGAGUGUCAGCGAAAGUGCCAUGAGCUCAAGAACAACUUCUCGGCCAACGCUGCUGGAAUGAGCGUAGAUGCUGAUCCAGCGGCUGAGUCGGAUUGGAGCGUCGAGCAGCAGCGUGCUCUGGAAGCCGCCAUGGCAGAGUUCAAAUCUAGCACGCUGGAGGCGAAGGAGAAGUGGAAGGCGAUCGCAGAGAAAGUGCCGGGGAAGAGCGACAAAGACUGCAUCAGACGUGUGAAGGAGAUCAAAGCAAUGCUGGCGAACAAGGGCUCUGCCUAA